CUGCCCCAGUGCAGCCGCAGGGAGAAAAAUCUGCUUUGGGGAGGGGGAAUGCCUGGGACAACGUGCUUGGCUCGCGGCCAUUGCUUCCCCUCUUCGGGGAGGGGGGAAUUGACAGGUGGGAGGGGCCAGCACCCCAGGGGAGCAAUUGGGCGAAGAGGGGCAUUCUGGGAAAUGGAGUCCCUUGGUUAUAACCCCGCCCAGGAGGGAGGGGCCUAUGAACCUCCCUCUGGACCUCCAAACUGAACUGCCUCUCUUGGUCCCCAGGGAAGCCCCCCCGCCUAACGAAGCUCCCAGGCCCCCUCGGACGGGACAGGCCGCCCCCCCUCUGGAGCUGUGGACCCCCCCCAAGAUAUUUGGGGGGCUUCUGAGGCCUUGCCUGGCCUGUGUGAGGGGCACUGAGGGAGAUCCAAGGGAGGCCCCGGCUGCCAUGUUUAAGACCCCCAAAGUCAGCCCUGGAGAGGAGAUCUCUGGGCGGCCCAGAGGGACCCCCAAACUGGGGGCGUCCCGGGAGUUCUCGCUGGACAGUGACCCCUCCGAGUUGCGCAGCCGUGGCCCCCUGCAGCAGUCAUCCUCCAAGAAGGUGCAAGCUGAGGGGGGCCCUUCUCGGCCCCCCCAUGUUCCCCAGAAUGGUACCAGCUGGCCUUGCUCCGCCAUUGGCCUCCUCUCCAUCUGUGUGAUCCUGCUCCUCUUGGUGACGCUCAUGAAUCUGAAAGUGGCCAUGCUGGAGAAGAGGACAAAGGAAGAGGCAGAUCUGUGGCAGUGGAAGAUGCUCACCUUGACUGAAAUCUUGAAAGACCUACAGAUUGGAAAAGUUCGGAACUGCAGCGUCUGCAAAGUCCAGUGGAUGCAACUAAGCAGCAACUGCUAUUUCUUCCGGAACAGACAACUCAGCUGGCAUUCCAGCCAGACCUUCUGCCAGGAGGAGAACGCGGAUCUGACGAUGGUCACAAACAUGGAGGAGAUGCAUUUCCUGAAGUUUCAUUCCUUUACGCAUUAUUAUCUGGAUCCAAAGACGUAUGAAUAUGACAAAUUCUGGAUUGGUUUGGCCUACGAUAUCGUGCAAAAGAGAUGGCUGUGGUUAGACGGAACUGCCUUCAACCCCAAUCAAUACGGAAUAUUGGGCGAUGACGGCUGCGCCUACAUCCAGAAUGAGAGCCUUCGCUCCCAGCCUUGCCACGAAGUAGCCAAAAGCAUUUGCAAGACAACCGUCCAGUUUGGCUGGAGCAUAUAAUUCAGUUUAUCGGCCAGGCCCACCCCCGUAGCCCAGAUGCUGUUUCCCGACCUGUUGUGUGGCUGCAGUAGGGUGACACUAUCUGCCUUCCUUUUCUUUGUCUGGAAUUGUGUAGGGUUUCCUGCCUGAGUAGGAGGUUGAACUAGAAGGCCUUCAAAGUCCCUUCCGACUCUGUUAUUCCGUCGUUAUUCUGCUAUCAUUCUGUUGUUA